AUGGCCGCCUCUCCUGCCGCGCUGCUUCGGCUCCUCUUCCUUGCCGUCAUCUGCGCGGCCGCCGUGGCUCACGUGGCAGCAGACCAAGGCGGCGCGGUGGACGCAAGGGUCCACGUGGCAACGGUGAUCGCGGUGCCGGGCGUGAGCGUCCCCGUCAGCUUCGACGCCCUCCGCUGCUUCAGCCUUCCCCGGGCGGCGCGCAAGGCGGCGGGUGACGUGCAGGUGUGGUGGCACGGGCUCACGGGCGGCAGCACGGGCGGCGGCACGGGCGGCAGCACGGGCGGAAGCAAGGGUGGAGGUGCGGCGUGCAAGCAACUCAAGUUUUUUGCCAACCCGGCCUGCAAGGGCAGGGCGCUGGAUGAGGUGCUGCAGCCGCAGUUUGCCGCUCUAAGGAAAUUCUUCCACGUGCCCAGAAAUCACCUGCCAGCACGCCACGUGUCCAGCCAACUCCACGUGCAUGCCAACGAGUGA